AUCAACUUAUUCCGGAAAAAUUCCGAUUAGUCCGGACCCGCCCACCUCCAGUGACAUAUCAUCCAUGUGUACGGAGUUUACUUCAGGAUUUGCAUAAAUUUCGUGUUUCUGGAUUGUUAUUUACAUAUCUGACAAUGUUCCGGUGCACGGCAACCGGAUUUUAAUUGCGGAUAAGUAUCCCGGAGCGCUCCAGAGACGUUCGCUCCGGAACACGAUAAACUCGCCAAAACUUGAGUGAUUAAUCUUAUCGAUUGUGGGUGGUUUUCAGAGGUUUUUUUUAAUUGAGUUUGGGAAGUGCUUAAUGAGUGGUUCACAGAUCUGUUGUCUGUAAGCAAAAUGGUUGCGGUUUUGCGAAAAUUUGUACUUUUUUUCAUCGGGAUUUUGCCAGCAGUGACAGCACAAGGGAAAUUCAUCAAUCACUUCGGCGGCCAAGUGGGAGAUUACCAGACGAACCGUGGCACAGUGACGCACGUUCAGGCCAUCGUCAAAGGCAACGCGCAGUUGCCUUGUGAUCUCCUUCCUCCGGCGCUCAACGACAGUGUCGUCCUUGUUGUGUGGUACAAAGACGAGCACACGCCAAUUUACAGUUACGACACGAGAGGACCGUACAAAACGACGCCGAAGCAUUGGCAGGAUAGCAAUUUGGGCCAGCGAGCUUUUUUCAGGACAAUGACAGAUCCUGCCACGUUGAACAUAGACAACAUCAAUGAAAAAGACGAGGGGGAGUAUCGAUGUCGCAUCGAUUAUUUACGAUCGCCGACGAAGAACUUGAGAGUAAAGCUGGCAGUUAUAGUUCCUCCACAAAAACCGACCAUUAUCGACGAACGAGGUAAAGAGGUUCCAUCGCUGGCAGGUCCCUACGAAGAAGGAGGAGACAUGAAAUUAACUUGUAUUGUUAGUGGGGGCAAACCGGAGCCGACAAUAAAAUGGUGGCGUGGUGAGAAGCUUAUAGAAUCGACGGAGACCCGCAGUGGAUUUCAGAAUGUGCGCUCCAACCAACUCGUCAUCAAAGGCUUGCGAAGGGCCGAUCAGCACGCCGCUUUUACAUGCCAAGCUUCCAACAACAACAUCAGUCAACCGGUGUCGGCCACAACGUCCAUCGAAAUAUAUUUUCGGCCACUACAUGUGGAGAUAAUGAGCAGCAACAAUCCCUAUUCUGCCGACAGACUGUACGAAAUAGCGUGCCAAACAUUCGGAUCAAGGCCUCCGGCUAAAAUUACUUGGUAUAUGGAUAACAAGGAGCUUCUUCCACCAAAACAUAAUUAUACUCAAGAGGACUCGCCAGACGGCAACGUGACUCUUUCCAAUUUGUCUCUUAUUCUGACUAGGCAGGAUAACGGCAAGACUCUCACGUGUAAGGCUUCAAAUCACCUGGUGCAAAACGGCGUGGAAGAAGCCACAGUCAAACUCAACGUUUUCUAUGUGCCGAUCCUGCACCUGUCUUUGGGCUCGAACCUGAAUCCGGACGACAUCGAAGAAGGAGAUGAUGUUUACUUUGAAUGCAAAGUGAAUGCUAACCCUGAGGCAUAUAAAGUACUCUGGAAGCACAACGAUCAAGUUAUACAACAUAAUCAAAAGGGCGUUAUUGUAAGUAGAGGGAACCUGGCUUUACAAGGAGUUACAAGGAGCCAAGCUGGAAAUUAUUCAUGCGUAGCUUCCAACGUCGAAGGGGAUGGUGAUAGUAACAGGGUGGAACUCAAAAUCAUGUACAAGCCUGUAUGCCGGCCCGAACAAAAGCGCAUUUACGGCGUAGCCCGCCACGAGAAUGCCAAAAUCCUAUGCGAGGUGGAGUCCUAUCCACCCCCCGACAGCUUCAAAUGGUCUUUCAAUAACUCCGCCGAGAACGUGGACGUGCCCCAAAUGCGCUACCAUUCGGGCGUGCACCACUUCACGUCCACCCUUACGUACACCCCUAUGAACGAGUUAGACUAUGGCACUGUCAUGUGUUGGGCAAACAAUUUGGCCGGGAGGCAAUUGGAGCCGUGCAUCUUCCACGUCAUCGCCGCCGGCAAGCCAGAUCCUCCCUUCAACUGCACCAUCAUGAACCAGACCAGCGAAUCGCUGGACGUCGAAUGCUCGGAAGGGUUUGAUGGGGGCCAACCGCAAUUUUUUCUGCUGGAAGUUUACGAUCAACAGACCGACGCUCUUCAGGCCAAUGUGUCCGCCAAGUUCCCUUUGUUUACCAUCAGCGGACUCGAUCCCGGAAAGAUACUCAAAAUGGUGGUCUACGCUGCCAACUCCAAGGGAAAGAGCGAAUCCGUUAUGCUGGAGGGCCUGAUGCUGAAAGCUGCCGAAAAGCAAACAGUCUUGUCGCUGGGAACGCGGGAUCAGCUGGAAAUCGCGCCAAUUCUGGGAAUAUUAGUAGCCAUCGUGACCGCACUUCUCCUGGUGACAGUCGUAAUUCUGGGGGCUCUCAAAGUGCGAGCUGCGCAUCGACAGGGCUCUAGAGCUCUUAGACCUGGCUUCCUGCCCGUCAAGGAGAAAGUCACAUUGCCGUUACGGUCCGAAUCCGAGGAUUUGUUUGAGAAAGACGAUAAAAAUCCAGAUGUAAUUCCGGCUAAUAAAGACUCCGAUUAUCAACUGGGGUCAGCCGCUCAAACUCCCGGUUUGAAUAAUUCAGUGACAGCUACAACAGAGUACGAAGCAUCACCCCCUCAGCAGAAUCUCACGCCCCUGGCAGAGGCCUUCAUGGCUAGAGAUCGAGCUUACGCUUCCCAACAUGGCAACGAGGUGACUUAUGCAGAGCUGUCUCUGGCAAGUCCGAAUUCUCUGGAUACGAUGAAAAACGGCGGUAGCCAAUACAGCACUCUUCGCAACCGCGAAGACUCGACAAUAUACGCCCAAAUAGACCACGGCAGACGACUGCCGCCUCCAAUUCCCGGCAAAACUUCGCCCUUGGUGUCUCCCGUGUCAUCUCUCUUUCCUUCCGCCAAGCCGGGGCUUUACCACCGGGAUGCUGUGACGGUUCGAACACCACUUAUGGGCUGCCAGCAGGAAAGUUGCGUCUAAAAAGGAGUGUAAAUAGUGCGUAAUCUACAAAUAUGGACAUAUCUGAUGUACACAUCAUAUCGGGUCUACGUGUCUUUCUAAUCACAUCAUGUCUGUGUGUAUAUCAAAUGUAUAUUACAACAUAACUUAUCAAAGGGUUUGCGGCCAUAUUAUCCCUUUGUAAUUUCAUUUCUAGUCAUGUACGGAUUACCAAACUUUUCUAAACUAGUGAAUGUAUUUUGUACAGAAACGAUUUUUUAUAGACUGAUUUUGAAACGAAGGCAAUGAGUGAGCGAGUGGAAAGUCUGUAGGCACAAAUGUGUAUUAUAGUGUAUAUACACAAUUUUAAAACAUUGUUAUCUUAAUGAAUGUGAUAUCAUGCGCUUCGGUGCCGGAGCUGCUGUGGUAUAAUUAUGAAAUUAUAUAAAUUAUAUACGAUUCGUUUAAUGUUUCAAAUUUACUAUGUCUCUAUAAGACGAUCUGUAACUUAUGUAAACAUGGUAAGGAUAUCAAAAUAAAGUGUU